CUCUGAAGAACAUCAGGCAGAUACGGUCCAGACAACACCUCUAAUGGCAGCGAGUGACUGGAAAACAAAGUACUUGUGCCUCCUGUGCUUUCUCCACAUUGCUUCUGCUGACAAGACUCUGAUGAGACUGGAGAUGAAUAAUUCAGUGAUAGCACGAUACAACGAGAGCAUCCUUCUGCAUUGCAGAGCUGUGUCUGAAGAAAUUAUGAAACUGUUCUAUUUUCAGUGGUUACGGCCUCCGAAAACAAUCCUGUACAAUUUCAGCAAUAGAACAAAAGAACCACUGCACUUCCCACGAACAACCCUGGUAAAGACCAUGGUCAAACAAGAGUUUGAGGUCUCUCUUACUAUUAACCAACUGAAACCAUCAGAUGAAGGGGACUACACAUGCAAAGUGAAGACAAGCCAUGGAAUGAGAUUUAAAAAUGUCACUGUAGAGCUGGAGGCCCCCUACAGUGAUUCCUCACCUGAUUGCAUGACCAAGGUAAAAGAGCUCACGUGUGUUUUCUCUGGAGGGUAUCCAAAGGGUGAGAUCCACUGGUUUGACGAGCAGGGCAACAAUGUAACGAACCAGGCUUCCAACAGCUACAACGAGACAGGAGAGGGUCUAUUUAACAUCAGCAGCUCCUAUCACAUAGGAAACCAUCCAUCCCAUUCCUACAACUGCUCCCUGUGGAUUCCAAGGUCUGCAACUUACUCAGCAACCAAGCAAAUCUCUUCUGGAUGGAAUUCCUGCACUCAGGCAAGUAUUGAUGGACCAAGCUCCAGGAAGGGGUUAACAGCGGCCAUGCUUGCAUUGGGAGGCUUGCUCUGUGGGAUUCUUAUCUUUACAGCCUUCACAAAUAAACAGAAACUGAGAUGUUGGACUUAAGGGCCUUCGUGUGGCAAAAUAAAAUUGGACUUUGAAUGCUUUCAUGCACUGUAAAUAACUUUUGAUAUAUAUAUUUUCUUGAAAUAAACUGUUGUAUGUAUAUUUGUGAUGAUGAUA